AUGAUUUCAUGCCCAAUUCAAGACAUCACUGUCCAACCUUACUUCAAACAGCAAAAUGGUACCUGGUAUCCCAUUCAGUUGAAGCUGAGCGAUGGCCGCAUGUUGGAAAUCCAGCACCAGUACGCUGAUUUUAUCCAGUUUUCUCGGCUGAUCCGCCAGCAAUUCAACUUGUCAAGAGCAGAGCUGCCUAAAAUCAAAAAGCAGCACAACUUUCUCAAGAAAAGAGGGGCACAAAAGUACCAUCAGAGACAAUGCGAAUUGCAAGAUUUUUGUCGACUUUUACUGUUACUGCCUCCCGUGGUUACAUGCUCGCCAGUAUGCCUCUCGUUCUUUUCUGCAACGCCAGAAAUCGGCAGUGUCUCCAACUCGCUCAAGAGAGCCUUUUCUCUCAAACCCAGCGGCAAGAAACAGCAGCAGCAGCAGCAUCUGGAUCUAGUAGAGAUGGAACAUGCCUUUUCCAGAUCAUUGGUUAUGUCCAUUGGUCAGCAUGAACAUCAACUGCAACAAUGUACAAGUAGACCCAAUAUUCAGAGCAUCAACAAGAGUAAUCGCUGUAGUACUACAAGCACAACAAGCACAGCCAGCAGCAGCAUACUAUUCUCAUCCAGUCUGAGCUCUACAGAGGAAGAUGACACUAUUAAACUCAAGAUUAUCUACGACGCCCAAAACAUCAUUAUUAUACGAGUAGCUCGCUCCGUGUCACUUGAUCAAUUGAGGUCUCAAGUGACCCAAAAAUUUGCUCUCAUCAACAUUAUGCUGCCAGAUCAGUUGGUUCUGCGUACAGUGGAUUGUGCACGGUACUCCUCUGGGUCGGGUUCCUCCAUUGUCUGCUCCGCUCCAGCCGAUAGCGAUUUGAAUGCCGAAGUGUUGAUCGCAAACGAGCAGGAUCUUUCCAGGGCAAUGCUUCUAAAAUGGAAUACUUUGCAAAAGGUGACGCUCCGAUGUGUGGUAUAA